UGUGCUUCCAGCUGGGAAGGAGAGAGAUGAUACAGAGCAGAUAGCUGCAGAGGAUGCUUCCAGGGUUUUGUACAAAUUUGUGAUUUGCGAUCUUCCAAAUGGAAGACUUAAAAGAAAGCCUAGCAUUUAAAGGUGUUGCUGAGAGACUGACGCUGGGCAUUACUCGUAUACUCGAGAACAUGCCUGGGGUGGUCGAUGUGCGUUUUGUAGAGAGGGAGCCUGCAGAGAAGAGGAGUCUGCUGUCAUGGGAACAGAAAAACACUUGUAUUUUGCCAGAGGACCUGCGAGAUUUCUAUCUGACAACUGAUGGAUUUACACUAACCUGGAGCGUUAAACUAGACAAUGAGUGUGUUCCCUUAGGAUACAUGAUGAUUAACAGUGUGGCUAGGCUGUGUCCACUGCUCCAACCAGUAUCAUUAUUCUCUCUACCCAAUGCACCCUCACUGGUUGACCUGGACUGGGAGGAGAACAACACAGAAAGUGGGACGGGGCAUGCUCCCACUGCACCCCAUUUUGAUUCCCGGAGCCGUAUCUUUGAGCUGGAUUCCUGUGGUGGGAACGGCAAAGUGUGCCUAGUCUACAAAAACUGCACUGCAGGUGUUGUAGCCCAGAAGAGUGAAAUUUGGUUCCUCGACCGCUCACUGUGCUGGCAUUUUCUGACAGCAACUUUCACCUCCUACUACCGACUGAUGAUAACGCACCUGGGUCUGCCUGAGUGGCAGUAUGCCUUCACCCCAUAUGGCCCCAGUCCCCAGGCCAAGCAGUGGGCAUCACUGUACCAACCACUGACUUUCAGCAGUGAGCUCAGCUUGGCCGAUCCAGCUGGAGAUUCCCAUCUCAACAAGCUGGAUCCUAUAAAGGCCUUCAAAGGCAAGGCCAAGGUACCUGCCCCCAAGAAGAAGCAGUCGGCACAGAGCAGCUUGGGGAGCACUGCCAAGACCCAGGUUGUCGGCACAGGAAGACAAAUUGGGGCAAAGCGGUGAAAAACGUUCCAGUCAAAGGAAAACAUUUCAACCAACUCCACUAUCUGCACAACCAGCAUGGCUAAGAGGAGCAGUCUGUUAUUUCGUUAUUGGUUGGACCGUGAGUGCAUGUUAUCUAAAACGUUUGGAAUGCCACAUAUCUAAAUAGAUCCAUAUCCAGGGUUAACCAGGCAAGUGGUACCAGCUGGUGAAGACAAAGUGGCAUGUAAAAAGGUUUUUGUUGUUUAUAUGUUUAUUGUUUUUCUUACUGGGGUCCAGGUUUCAUGAGCAUUAAUUCCCCCAUAACCUGGCUCAGGUGGUUUUAAAAGAAAACAUUUGAUUUGAUCGUGACAAUCCUGAUCAUCGUAUUUUUGUUUAUCUUACACUGCUAAGCGUUAGUGACGGAGAAAUUAGAAGCACUAUUGCUUUCCAGCCAAUUGCAUCACCCAUAUAGUUAUUAUUGUAAGCCUCAUGUAACACAGUGUUCACUAGUGGUAAAAAUAAUCCAAACCAGUAAAUUCAUAAAAUAUGAUUAUGUGCUGCUGACAUACCACAAAUAAUACAGACAUGUAGUAACAAACUGUACCACUGCUGUAUCCAACUAAUACUCAAUAAGGACACAGUCAUCAUCAGUUUUUAUCUGUAAUUGUUGUCACUAGGCUUGGUUUGCUGCUGUACAUAUUUCAAUUUUGAAUCAUACAACAAUUUUUAUAUACAUAUAUAUGCAUUUUACAAGUACACGAAAAAGUAAAUAACUAUGUUUAUGUGACUGUAAAAUUGAGGAAACAGGAAGAAUGAACAUAAUACUGUGUAGGUUUCAGUUGGUCAAUAAAGUGCUUGUAUGACUGAA